ACAAAAGACUAUCCGGCUUGCAAUACUAUACACAGACACACACAGACACACAUGCAUGCAUCAGUCAGGUCGUCGUCAAAGAGACGCCGGCAGUGUCUAAGAUGCACGAGAUGAGAAAGGGCAGCGGCACCAGCGAGAGGGCAUAGAUGGCCGCCAGCGUCUGCGCCAUCGACUCGGCCUCCUCGCGCUGGCCUUGUUUCUGCACACAUCACAUCCACAUGCACAUACCUUGUGGAAACGACUCGCACCUUCCCAGCUGGGUGUAUCUGCCACUUGCCUGCAGAAUGACGACAGUAUUCUGCGCAGGAGGCAUGCAGCCCUCGAGCAGCAGCAGAAACAUCAACACUGGGUCAGCCUGAUGGGAUGGAGGGAGGGAGGGAGGGAGGGAGGGCGGGACGGGCCAUAGAGUCGUGGUGAUAAUGAGUGCCUGUCUGUCUGCAGUCUGUCUGUCAUACUCUGCAUAACACACCUGUAUGAGCGAUGUCCUCUGCGCGAGUCUGACGACGGCAAAUGUGAUUGCGGGCAUCACACCGAAUCUCGCCAGUGCGACGGCCGGCAGCUGAAAAGCCUGCAACCAGCCAAACAAAUAGCCACCGCUGCACUGACACGAACGUGUGUUCGAGACUAUAUCGCCGUAUCUCCUCUUGAUUACAUUGACGCGGAAUCCCCCUUGUGCGAAUCCACGAUACAGCGACCCUGAGAGACACACACGACGGCGGCAACGAUACACGUACGUGUGUCAGUCAGUUCCGUCAGCGUGCUGUCAGUCAUCGGCAGUCUGACCGACCAGCGAGGGUGAGUAGUACAGCCGGCAGGUAGAGACUGCCCACAUUGCGCACCGCAUCCACUAGCGGACGAACCACACACGAAGGAUUGGCGAAGAAAAACGAGCGAGUCCACGGAAGACCUCCUGCAUCGCACAACACAAACCCGUCUGCUUCCUUCCUUCCCUGCCACCAUGUGAAUGCGUGGACCUGCGAGUGCGCCAGCGAGGCACCCGAGCACAGGCGGCCUGACCAAACUGUCUCGCGCCUCCCUCAGUACACCACUCCACGAUGGUUUGUUGUUCACUUUGUCUCGGUCAUCAGCAAGGAUGUUGUAGCCCAGCGACCACAGAAAGGGCGACCACCCAAGCAGGUAAAAGGCAAUGAAGGCUUCACAGCGCUGAAGGAUCGAGGCAUCUUCAUGGAAGGGCAUAUACCAUAUGAGCAGUGAACACAGUGACUGACACAUGUGGAUCCAUGGGCGUGGGGUACGGCACCUUUAUGGGUCCUGAAGAGGGCGCGACAAAAGAGUAGAGGCAAAGGGCCGGAGUUGGCAAAUGUAGCCAUUGCCGCAACCUGCCUAGCCUCCCUGCUGCCACGGGGCAGCCGGCCGACAUGCCGCAGUAAACCACCCACACACGAACCUGCAGGUGCACACACCUGAUGCGAUGCGCCUUGGAUGAGUGCGUGACUGUGUGGCUUACCUUACCUAUGAGUAUCUGCAGGACAGCGAAGACGGGCAGAGGGGCGAGGAGAGAGAGGCCGCCCGGUGUGGUGGAGAUGGUCUCAGCCACAGACACGAACAGGAAGGCCGGCUGCGCGAUGGAAUACACCAGCUCACUCAAACACCUGCACGCCGAAUGCAUUGACCAGACACUCAGCUGCAAAGCCUGGCUAGCCUUGCUGCUGACUCGCCUCGCCUCGCCUGAUCUUGGCCUGGUCCAGCACACCGAGGUGCCCAGCAAUGGCGCCAAUCACUCCCACAUACAGCAGGUUCAGAACGGCGCCGAGCGAUGCCUUGAAGAUGACUGGAUUGGGCACCGGCAGCCCGCCGGCGAGGGACGGCACCUACACUCGACACACACAGUGAAUUAAUGCGGAGAAGGCAAACAGCCAACAGUGCAGUACACACAAGAUGCUGGCUGCCCCACCGCCAAAGCAGGAGCAGCCGUUGAUUGCAGUUGAGUGCAGCUCCCAUCAAGAGGUGACGGCACACGCGGCUGCCGUCUGACCAGAGCUGUGCUCCUCCAUCGUACGCAUGGGUUGUUGAUGCUGCCAGAUCUCGAAAGAAGGCCGCUGUUUGCGAUAGAUGGAACAAGAGGCAAUGGUGCAAAGGCACACGUGGGCGCCAUCAAAGGCGAUGAUUCCU